GGCGGGAGUCUGACGGUGGGCGGCGCGGGCGCUUCAGUAUUCUAUAGACUUUCGAACUGACAGUAGCAAACUUGGGUUCAAAAUGUGUAAUAUUCCAUAUUUGAAUUUUGUAAAAUGACUGGUGCUUUUUAGUGAUAAUGGCGGAUAAAUUGGACGACUACCAGGGUGUGACUGGCCGAUGGCAUGGGAUAAGGGACCGGUGGAAGGAGAGAUACGCGCAAUGGAAGGAGAACCAUCCGCGCGGGAUUCGGGAGGUUUUGAAGGAGAUGCUGUUUGGUAUACCUACGUCAUCUGAGCCGCCCAACCGAGAGUAUGAUAACAGUGAAUACAGUGAUAUAUUCAGGCGGAAAAACCGAUUGGAACUUAUGCGGAUAUCGGCUGCGGUAAUGGGCAUAGAGUUUUCAUACGCGGGCGAGACGGCCUUCGUUUCACCCACCCUUCUCCAGAUUGGAGUACCCCAUCACCAAAUGACUAUGGUGUGGGCGCUCUCACCGUUAAUAGGCUUCUUUAUGACUCCUCUCUUGGGCUCACUGAGUGACAGGUGCAAAUCUAAAUUUGGACGACGUCGGCCAUUUAUCGUUAUGAUGUCUAUUGGAGUGUUUUUAGGUCUAAUUUUAGUACCCAAUGGUGAAAGCUUGGGUUAUUUGCUUGGUGACCUAGGACACGUCAAUAAGACCCAAGUUCCUUCGGUACUAGGCCCUCGAAGUACAGCAUUAGAAACGGAAGGAACGAAUUACCAUCCCUGGGGGGUUUUUUUGACUAUAAUAGGUACUGUGCUCCUGGAUUUCGAUGCUGAUGCCUGUCAAAGUCCAGCGCGGGCGUAUCUUCUCGAUGUGACAGUUCCAGAGGACCAUGCUAGGGGCUUGAGUACUUUUACGAUAAUGGCUGGAUUGGGAGGCUUCAUGGGAUACGCGCUUGGCGGAAUAAAUUGGGAUGAAACCAGUCUAGGAGACUUCUUCGGUGGGCACGUCAGAGCAGUAUUCACAUUGAUCACAAUAAUUUUCGUGAUCUGUGUAUCAGCCACUGUCAGUAGUUUUAAAGAGAUACCAUUGGAAGAGUUGCACCAAUACGAGGAGUUUAAAAAGAGUACGGAGAAAUCAAAAAAUCCGCCUGAUCAGGAGCAAUUAGAAAGAGAUAAUCUGAGAAAAGACGUGUCGAGCUAUGGUACUCUUGAAGAGGAAGGUGUGAGGAAAGACUGCCCAACUUAUGGAACGUUGGAAGGCUCUGAGGUUCCAGCACCACCAGCUCCAAAUGUAAUAGCAAUACCUGAAGGACACGGCGAACCUCUUUCCCUGAAACAUUAUCUGAAAUCCAUAAUCAUGAUGCCCAAGUCUAUGAGAUUCGUUUGUUUGACUAAUCUUUUCUGUUGGAUGGCCCAUGUCUGCUAUUCGUUGUACUUCACAGACUUCGUCGGCGAAGCUGUGUAUGGUGGAAAUCCAGCUGCGCCAGUCGGCACAGAAAGUAGAACAAACUACGAAGCUGGUGUCCGCUUCGGUUGCUGGGGGAUGGCAAUGUACUCUCUAUCUUGUGCUUUCUAUUCAACUUUUAUUGAGAAACUGAUAAAGAAGUUUGGCGCUAAAAAAGUCUACGUCGGAGGCUUGUGUACCUACAGCUGUGGUAUGACGCUCCUCUGCAUCUUGAGGAACCAAACAGCAGUGCUUCUAUUCAGCUGGACAGCUGGUAUCCUGUACUCUACGCUUUUUACGAUGCCCUACCUCCUGGUCGCACACUACCAUGCAACGGGAAUGUGGGAUAGUGAAGGAGGUGGCUGUGGUGAAGAGCGUGGUAUAGGUACUGAUGUCGCUGUGAUCAGUAGUUGUGUUUUCGUCGCCCAGUUGCUUAUUUCAUUUAUCAUGGGCUUCGCUGUAAAGUUGACUGGGUCCACGGCUGCCGUGGUCGGUGUAGCAGCCUCUUUAGCUGGUGCUGCUGCUAUUACUGCAACGAAAAUUACCUAUUUGGAGCUCUAAACUGAAUAUCAAAACUCUUUGAUAUAUAGUUAAAUUUCUGGAUCUCACGGGAUAUUUUUAAAUAUGUAAUUAUUGUUAAGGAUUGUUGAUUUAUAUAGUGCUAAUACGAGAUAAGCAGAAUUCAUCACAAGUACGGCGGUACGUGUCAAUCGCGAUGUAGCGGUGAUGAAUCUUAAAUAUUGAUGAAAUUUUACUGUCUUCUUUGGUGUUUACUUAUGUUUACGUACUCGCUAUAAUUGGUAUAGAAUUGCUAUAAGAAUCGCGUGGGUAUUUAUAUUAAUUUUUUUUAAUAAGUAGUUUCAUAAGUUAUACUAACAUGAUUUUUAUUAAUGGUGGCUGGUUUUAUUUAGUUUAUGUGGCGAUGUUAAGAUAAUACUGGAAUGAAAAAUGUUUGAACAUUAAUAUGCCAAAUAUAAUCUAAGGUUUCAAACAUAUAUUUAAUAAUAUAUAAGUUUCUAUUAUCUCUGUGGUACGUAUCUGUUAAUCUCAAUCUGUUGUUCUUGUAAAAUUAGAUUUAAGAUAUCUAUGUAACAUUCGACUUGUUUGGUAAUCUCAAAAAGGUUUUACAUAUCGUUUAUUAUUAUUGUUUAAAUUUUGUAGAAAAUAAUUACAGAAUCGUUUUAUAUAACAUAGUUAUAGUCAGGUAAUUAAUUUUAAUACCUAAGCCAUUCAUUUUAAGGAUAUUUAAUCUACUACAGAUAACCCUUUUGCUUAUGACAUGAUAAUUUUGACAAUUAAUUGUCAUUUUGCAAGUGACGUUUAACGAAUUUGAAAGUGUAAGCAUUACGAUUAUUCCCUGUCAAAAAAUUGUUAUCUGUAACAGACUACGCGUGAUUUCAACCAAUCAGGGCGAUGUUGCAAUUUAAGGGGAUCAUGUAACGAUAAUUAUUUAAUAUAGUAUUAAGUUUAGGUAUUUAAAUUUUGGAAGCAAUGAUUCAGUUUUGCAUCCACCAAAUAUGAAAUGGUGUCCAUGUUUCUUUAGAGUAUACAUAUAGAAUUAUUAGUGAAUGUGUGACUGUCGCACAACUGCUAGUAUGUAUUAUUUAUUUAAUUUGAAUGUGGCAGGAAAUGUAAGUUUAGGUGUUAUUUUAAUUUGCAUGCCAUAAACCUGAAAAGGGUUUGAAUGAAGUAUUAUACGUAUGUAUGUAUAUAUAAAUUCAACUUGUUAUGAAUGUAAUCCCAUUUAAUCGUGUUAUUAAAAUGAAUUUCCACGA